AUGAAGGUGAAGAAGAGCGGUGGGGCCGGGGCGGCGGCGGCAGCUCGUACCGAGGAGGAGCUGGGCCGGAAGGCGCUCAUCGGGCCUGACGAUGUGCUGGGGCUGCAGCGGGUCACCAGCGAUUAUUUGUGUACUCCAGAGGAAAAUGUUUACAAGAUAGACUUCACCAGGUUCAAAAUCCGGGACAUGGAAUCUGGCACAGUCUUGUUUGAAAUCACCAAACCAGCAGCUUCAGAACGUGAACACAAUGACAAGAAGGACAUUGACCCCAAUGCUGGGCGGUUUGUCCGUUACCAGUUCACUCCAGCUUUUCUUAGACUUCGGCAAGUGGGAGCCACGGUGGAAUUCACAGUAGGGGACAAGCCCAUUAAUAACUUCCGCAUGAUUGAGAGGCACUAUUUCCGGGAUCAGCUGCUGAAGAGUUUUGAUUUUGAAUUUGGGUUCUGCAUCCCCAGCAGUAAAAACACUUGUGAGCACAUCUAUGAGUUUCCCCAGCUCUCUGAGGACCUCAUUCGGGAGAUGAUCCUUCAUCCCUACGAGACACAGUCGGACAGUUUCUACUUUGUAGACAACAAGCUGGUGAUGCACAACAAGGCAGAUUAUUCAUACAGUGGAGGACCUUAA